UAAAAGUUCCCAAUCGAUAGUCGGUCCUAGUCGAUUAAAGUCAGUUUUCUAACUGCGUCAUAUUUGAUCGUACUGCAAUUUCAUUGCUAACAACACGUAUUCUAUGAUAACGAAGAUUUAUUGUAACUAAAAAAUCAAUUUGUUUAUUAUGUCACAACAGUAUUAAAAUGGAGUCUGGUAAAUCUGAAUCUAUCCCGAAACAAGCUAUGGUAUACAUUUGUGGAGAAUGUCAUCACGAUAACGAGAUUCGUGCCAAAGAUGCAAUUCGAUGUAGAGAAUGUGGAUAUAGAAUCAUGUACAAGAAGCGUACAAAAAGACGUAUGUUUUUUAAUGUUUUCGACUUAACACGAUUGACAUUUUUUAAUCAAGCAAAAUCGAAUUUCUAG